AUGGACGAACUCUACGCGUGGCUUAGUAAAGCCCUCGCCAUUCAUCUGCGCUCGUUUGAUGCCUCGCAGCACGGCGGCCAACUCGCAGCCAGCAAACCACUUGGCUCGUUCCUCGCCGGGCAGUCGCACGACGUCCUAUUCAUUUUUUGCGACGACACUCAGAACAUCGAAAGCGUCGUGAGCCUCACGCCGCUCUUGGAGUCGCCUGUGAACACCCUCUACCAGACGAUCCACAACAUCUACGCGCCUAUGCUGAUGAAGAGCAGCAAGCUGGGGGUCACGCCCAAGCUCCAGGGCCUCCUUUCCGAGCUUGACUUUGGGCUCGCGAGCGAGCUUCGGCACCAGUCCGGCGGUGUUGCUGCCUCCAGUGUCAGGGACGAAAAUCCAGCAGGAAUCUUCAGCAUAGACGACGAAUAUAUCUUCUGGGUCGAGCAGGCGACAGAGUACGCCAAAACCAAGGUGGGCUUCCCAACGUCUGAGAAAGAGCGGGCCGCUCAGUUCCGAGAAUCAUUCCAACCCUUGAAGAUCGAGUACGACAAGAUCAGUUCCAUUCAGAUCAUCGACAUACUCGAGAUUAUCGAAAAAACGCAGGACACCCUCGACGAUCUUUGGCAACAAGCCCAAGUCCCAGGCUAUCCGCAAGAGCGCAUGCUCCACCUUCUUGGCGUCGUCACCAACCAGAUAGUCGCUAACCUGCAGGAAAAACUUGCAUCGACCGGCCUCAUGAAAGGUGACCUGCUCAAGGUUAAAGAGAGUCUCCACGCCGCGAUCCAGGUGUGCGAGCGCCUUCAGGCCAUGGAUACAACCCUGACGGGCAGACUCUGGCCGAAUGUCGCAGCACGUCCGUGGACGAAAGGAGUCUAUCGUAAUCAACAGCUUGAUGACUUUGUUUCCCGUCUCAACGAGAUCGUCAUGAUCAGAAGCUCCCACGAUCUGUUGUCAAGCCUGCUGCUUUCCGAGGAGCAGAAGGAAUUGCGCGUUCCGGAACAACUGGAUGUGUUUUCCACCGUCCACUUACUUGUCUGCAACAACUACACAUCGCUCUCGUGGAAGACGGCUGUGGAUCAGUACAACAAGAAUAUCCAACCUAUCCAGCACCGAGUUGCUGCAAAGCUGCGAUCGCUGUUCAACUCGAUCCAGAGCCAGCCGCGCCAACUCUUGCGAGAGUUUCAGCGGUACCGAGAGCUCCUCUCACAGGAGGUGAUCGCACGCCAGCUAGUUCCAGAGCGCGAGGCAUUGCUUGAGCAGCUGAUAAACGGAAUGAAGCAGACCCGGGCAGAGUUCACGGACAAGAGCAAUCAAACAAAGUUUAAGAUGGGUAAAAACCUGCCGACGGCUGUGUCCAAGAUCAUUUGGGCCCGUCAGGCCAUCAACAAGAUCGAAGAAACAGACAAGAUUGUCGAGAAUCUUUCUGGCCCAAAGUCCUCCUACACCCAAAUCUCGUCGGAGCUGUACGAGGAGCUCAAGCGUUUUGAACGAGAUCAGUUUGCCGAAUGGGUUGCCGACAUCGAGAGCGAGAUGGACGACCCCAGCGGGUCUCUUCUGCUCAAAAAGAACGGAAAUCUCAUGGAUCUUGACUAUUCGAAUGGCAAGUUGCGAGUCAACUACGACGACCGCCUCGUCACCAUCUUGCGCCAAGCCCGCCAGCUCACGGCCUUUGGGUUUCCUGUACCGGCCAAGAUCCAGCGCCUGACCGAGAGCGCUCAAAAGUACUAUCGCCAUGGCGUGGUCCUGAAGCAGGUUGCGCAUUUUUACAACACUAUCGACCAGCAAAUGCUGCCGUGCCAGCAAGCCAUGCUCCUCGAGCCAGCUUUGGCCUUCGAGCAGCUGGUCAAAAAUGCCAAGGGCCGAGCCGACCCCAAGAGCCGAUCGGUGACUUGGGACAGCCCGUUUGAGCUCGAGCUGUACAUCAGCCAGCUUCAAGCUUCCGCCGACAAGCUGACCCGCGACAAUCGCCGGCUCCGCAAGUUUCACAUGAACAACUCGGACGUUGUUGUGGGGCUCAUGAGCGUUGACCUGGUCAAGUGCCAGAGCAAAUGGAAAGAGUCUCUCAGCGCCAUUCGCUCUACGAUCGGCUCAGUCCAGGACUCUGGCAUCAAAAUGGAGGAUACGUUGACCUGGCGCAUCCAUUGGGAUCAUCAGCUCUACAAAGCCCUUGAGCACCAGUAUCAAGUCGGCCUGGAGACUCUCAACGAAAGCCUGCCGGAAAUGAAGGUCGACUUGGUCUUCAAGCAGCAAAAACUGCAGUUCCGGCCACCAUUUGAGGAGAUCAGAGCAAAGUACUACCGCGAGAUGAAAAAGUUCAUCACCAUCCCGAGUGCCUUCCGUGGCGUCGGAGAUGGCUCGAUUUUUGCGCUCAUGAUCGACCGAAAUGCAAAGUCGCUCUCCACCGUCUAUCAGAAAGCCGAGUCACUGUUCCAGAACCUCAACAGAGUGUUUGACAUCUUCAAGGAUUGGGUGAUCGUCGGCACCAUGGAGCUCGAUGCCUUUGUUGAAGAAGCCCUUGGAGAUGUCACCGACUGGGAACUCAACUUCCGAAUGCUCAAGGUCAAGGGGAAGGAGGCCGAGCGGCUACCCACCGAAAUCAAGAUCGACUGCAUCACAGUAUCGACUGCGCCUGUCAAAGCCACCAUCGACGACCAUCUGCAGCGUUUGUUUGACUCGAUGCUGCUUUCGCUGCGAAAGUCAGUGGGCACGCAUAUGAUGGCAAUCGAUGAUUUUGUCAACAGGGGGCUCGAGAUGAUGGCGGUCAAGCCCAACAGCCUUGCCGAGGUUGGCGAGGCCAACGCCAAACACGAGGAGCUGUCCAAGACCCACAAGUCUAUUCAGGCGCAUUUUGAUGCCGCCGAUCUCAAAAACAAGCUCCUCAAGUCUGUGUCGGCGUCGGGUGUCGACAUCUCGGCCAUCCAGUCAAAGUGGAGCAAGCUGGAGCUCAUGCUCGAGAGCCACGAGCUCAUGAUCAAGGAGCAGGUCGAGCAGCUCCGGAGCGCCAUUGACUCGCGGCGCCAGUCGUUUCUGUCCGAGCUCGAAAAGUUCACUGCUCGAUGGAAUCAGCUCAAGCCCAAAGUUUCCGACAUCACCAGUGCCAAUGGCGCAGAACUCUCAGCCAAAGCCGUGGUCUUCAUUGUCGAGCGGAAGACUGAACUGGAGGAGCUCGAGAAGCGCGGCUCUCAGAUCGUCGAUGACAGCGCACACUUUGGCAUUGGUGCGCCGGACUUUGCCGAGCUCCACGACGUCAGCUCCGAUAUUCGCCACUUUGAGGAGAUGUGGGGGUUCUAUGCCGAGUACACGGCUGCGGUGGCCAGCGUCAUGAAGGAGGACUGGAUUUCGUUUCGGCUGCGGUCAUACUCCUUUGAGGACAUGCUAACAAAAUGGAUGGAGCGCAUCCGAUCGCGUGAAAUGGACACGAUCUCCGCCACGAUCUUGCAGGACAUUGACAAGCAUAAGCGAUUCAUAGGAUGCCUCAAGUUCCUCAAAGGAGAAAACUGGAUGUCCGAGCACUGGGGCGAACUCUUUCGGAUCCUGGCCGUCCCGAAGGGGGUCUCGCUGUCCGAGCUCACGUUUGGCCAUUUGUCUGCUCUGUCCGAGACCGUUCUGCAGAGGCUCGAGGACAUCAAGGAGCUCAACAGCCGCGCGAAUGGAGAGAUUGCCAUUCGAGAAGCCAUCCAGGAGCUAGAUAUCUGGGGGGCCGGCUCGAGCUUUGGCCUGACAGAGUACAAAGAUGCCAAGGGCACAGCCAACUUUCAGCUCAUCAAGGACUGGAAGGACAUCCUCACCCAAAUUGGCGACAACCAGUCUCUGCUGCAGUCGCUCAAAGACUCGCCCUAUUACAAAAACUUUGCCGACAAGGCAAUGUUGUGGGAGCAGAAGCUUGUUCAAGUGGACGAGUAUCUCCGCAAUCUGAAUACCGUCCAGCGCAAGUGGGUGUAUCUCGAGCCCAUCUUCAACCGCGGGGCUCUGCCGGCCGAGCAAAAUCGAUUUGCUCGAAUCGACGAGGACUUUCGUGGCAUCAUGUCAUUUAUCGCUGCGGACGCGCGCAUUAUCUCAAUCAUCAACUAUCCGAGCAUUGGCGAGAUCCUCAAAGCUUUGGUCGACCAGCUGGAGCGCUGCCAAAAGGCCCUGAACGAGUAUCUGGAGCAGAAACGCGACCGCUUUGCGCGGUUCUACUUUCUCGGAGACGAAGACCUGCUUGAGAUCCUGGGCCAGUCCAAGAAUCCAAAUGUGAUCCAGAGCCAUCUCAAGAAGCUCUUUGCUGGUGUACACAACGUCGAGAUCGAUGGCAGUGUGAUUGUGGCUAUGAAGAGCGCCGAGGGCGAGACUGUGCAGCUGCGCAAGCCUGUCCAGGUCACCGAGCAGGUCGAAGUGUGGCUCGAGAACUUUGCUCUUGAGAUGAAGGAGACGCUGAAGAGUCUGUUGCAGCAGUGCCUCAAGGAGCACGAUAUGUUUCGAUUUCCAUCGCAGGUCCUGGGACUGUCCGAGUACUUGCACUUUACGGCCAACUGCGAGACGGCCAUCACAAAGGGAAGUCUGACGGCUCUAUCGAAGGACCUGAAGCGGCAGCUGGACGAGUACACUUCCUUCGACUCGUCUACGGUUGAAGAUUCCACUGAGCGCCAUGUCGUAGAACUCAAGGUCAAAUCUCAGAUCCUGGAUGUGAUUCAUUUCCUCGAGGUUGUUCGUCACCUGCAAGAGUCCAACGUCACUUCGCUCUCCGACUGGGCCUGGAAGCGACAGCUUCGGUUCUACAUGACCCACGAGGGCCAGUGCGUCAGCCGCAUGAACGACGCCGAGUUCCACUACACGUUCGAGUAUCAGGGGAACCCACCCAAGCUCGUCCACACGCCCCUGACAGACAAAUGCUACCUGACUCUGACGCAAGCCAUGGCCAGUGGCUUUGGCGGAAACCCGUUUGGACCCGCCGGCACCGGAAAGACCGAGUCAGUGAAGGCCCUUGGCGUGCUCUUUGGAAGACAGGUGCUUGUGUUCAAUUGCGACGAAGGCAUCGACUACAAGAGCAUGGGGCGGAUAUUUGUGGGGUUGGUCAAGUGUGGCGCCUGGGGCUGCUUUGAUGAGUUCAAUCGUCUCGAAGAAGCCGUGCUGUCGGCUGUAUCUCAGCAGAUCCAAGUCAUCCAGGCUGCACUCAAGAUGCACGAGCCGCAGGUUGCGCUUCUGGGCAAGCCCGUAGACCUCAACCCUCACUCCGGCAUCUUUGUGACCCUCAAUCCUGCCGGCAAAAACUAUGGCGGCCGGCAAAAGCUGCCCGACAACCUCAAGCAGCUGUUCCGCUCCGUUGCCAUGACCCACCCAAACAACGAGCUCAUCUCGGAGGUGAUUCUGUUUUCCGAAGGCUUCCAGCUCGGCAAGGAACUUGGCAGCAAGGUCGUCGCUGUAUUUACAUGCUGCAAACAGCUCCUGUCGAUCCAACAGCACUAUGAUUGGGGCUUGCGUCCUCUCAAGACAACGCUCUGGCUUGCUGGACAGCUGCUCCACCAGGAGAAGAAGAAUGGGCCUGUGUCGACUCAGCGAGAAAUGGCGAUUGUGGUGAAGGCCCUGCGGGUCAACACCCUCUCGAAGCUGACCCACACCGACAGCAAGCGAUUCUUGGCCCUCAUGAAGGAUAUAUUCCCGGGAGUCCAGGUCGAAGACAUUUCAUACGAGGAGCUGGGCAAAUGCGUGCGAGAGGCAUAUGACGAGCUCAAGCUUGUGUACAUUCCCUCGCAGGCCGAGAAGAUCUUUCAGUUCUACGAGGCAUGCCGACAGCGUAUGGGCGUGGUGGUCGUGGGCCCAUCGGGAUCGGGCAAGAGCACGCUGUGGAGGAUCCUGAAGCUCGCAUGGCAAAAGUGCGGCACAAGCAUCAAGCAGUUCAGCGUCAAUCCAAAGGCAAUCGACCGCCAGGCGCUCCUCGGCCAUAUGGACAUGGAUACACGGGAGUGGUUCGAUGGUGUCCUGACAUUUGCUUCCCGAGAAGCAGUCAAGCAACCGCUACAUAUGCGCACAUGGAUCAUUUGCGAUGGCGAUGUCGACCCCGAGUGGGUUGAGUCGCUGAACUCGGUGCUGGAUGACAACCGCCUCCUGACCAUGCCCAACGGCGAGCGCAUCCAGUUUGGUCCAAACGUCAACUUUAUCUUUGAGACGCAUAACCUCAAGUUUGCUUCACCCGCGACCGUGAGCCGCAUGGGCAUGAUCUAUCUUUCUGAUGAGAAUCUGGACAUGAAGGCCCUCGUCAAGUCGUGGCUGGAGAAGCAGAACGAAAAGAAUCGAGGGCUGCUCAACAGCUGGAUUGACGAGCUCUUCUACAAGAGCAUCGACUGGAUCAUCCAAAACUGCGAGGCCGUUGUCGAGACCAGCAAAACCGGGCUUGUCAUGAACGGUCUCUCGCAGCUAUCGGAGGUCGCUUCUCGCUCACAGUUUCUGUUUGCCCUCGUCCGUGGUCUUGGAGGCAAUCUAACGGUCGACAGUCGCUUGGCCUUUGCCAAUGAAAUGCUAAUGUGGGCCAAGGAGCCUUCGCCCGAUCCCAAGAGAACGCUCGACUUUUACGUCAACAAGGACAGCGGCCGUGUCGAGAUGUACCAGAUCGAGGCCCCAUGUGUCUCGGAGCAAGAGGCCAUCGACGACAUUGACAGAUUUCCGGUCGUCGAGACAGCAGACGUCAAGCGCUCGAUCAACACCAUCAUGCCGUGGCUGACGGCCGGCCACCCACUUUUGCUGGUCGGACCCGAAGGAUCGGGCAAGCACAUGCUGCUGCGGUACUGCUUCCAGCAGCUCAAGGGCACUACCGUAGCGACGAUCCAUUGCAGUGCGCAAACUCGGUCAUCGCACAUUCUGCAGCGACUCAACCAAAACUGCCUGACGCUCAACACAAACACUGGCCGGGUGUUGCGCCCCAAGGACAGCGAGCGACUGGUUCUGUAUCUCAAAGACAUCAACCUACCCAAGCCCGACAAGUACGAAACCGUCGAGCUGGUGCAGUUUUUGCAGCAGCUCAUCACUUACAACGGAUUCUACGACAAGAACCUCGAGUGGAUCUGUGUCGAGCAUAUCCAAAUCGUGGCUUCGAUGAACCCCUCGUCGACUAUGGGUCGACACCGACUCACCACCCGGCUAACGUCGGUGAUGCGCCAGUACGCCAUGACUUACAGCGACCGCGAACAGCUCCAUGUUAUUUACCGUAUCUUGACGCAGACGGUGCUGUCGCCCUCACUCGCCUCUCACAAGGUGUGGGGGCUGCCAAAGAACAUCCAAAAGCUGGCCUGCACUAUGGUCAGCGUCUACGAUCAGACGGUGCAAAAGUUUACUGUCGACAUGCGUUGCCACUACCGAUUCACGCCGAGGGACCUGUCGCGAUGGGUGCUCUCGCUCUCGAGAUUUGUCUACACCAGUGAGGAGCAGGGAGAGUUGCUCGACAUCUUGGCGUACGAGGCCGAGCGGCUUUUCCAAGAUCGGUUGAUCGAGUCAGACUCUCGGCAAAAGUUCCAGCUGAUUCUGAGCUCAACCUUGCGCAACGACUGGGGUCACCAGCCCAACAUCAAAGGAUUCGUGUAUAUAUCCGGCCAAACCAGCACCAUGACUGCUCCGAAAAUGAUGAGCCAGAUCAAGACCGACGCCUUCCGGGUGAUUAUCGAGAAGCACGUAUCGGUGUACGAGCGGGACAAUCAGGAUCUGAACAUGAGGCUCUUCCCUGAGGCCGUCGAGGGCAUAGCGAAGAUCGAGCGGGUGCUUUCGCAGCCGAAUGGCUCCCUUCUACUGGCCGGUCGGCCCGGAAUGGGUCGGCAAAGUUCGUUGAUGAUUGUCGGCCACAUGCUCCGGUUUAAAACGUUCUCUCCCAACAUUGGGCGAAGCUACGGAAUCAAAGCCUUCUCGGCUGACAUCAAGACAGUGCUGCAAUCCGCGGGCGUGCAUAACGAAGAAGUCCUCCUCAUUCUCGAAGACUAUCAGAUUGUGGAGAGCUCGUUCUUGGAAAGCAUCAAUAGCCUCUUGAGCGGCGGCGAAGUUCCGGGCCUUUACUCGCCGGAGGAGCUCGAUCAGAUCCUCUCGGCGCUCAAGGACAGCCAUGGAGAAGACAGCUACCGAGGAUCAGUCUUUGAAUACUUUGUUGCACGCAUCCGCAAGAACCUGCACUUUGCCUUGGUUCUGGACACCUCGAGCCAGUCUUUCGUCCAGUACUACGAGUCCAAUCCGGCACUGUCGACCUGCUGCCACAUGUCGUGGAUGGACUCGUGGUCACAAGAGAGCAGCCUCGGCCUCAUCAAAGAUACGUUCAAGAGCCACGCGCUUCUGAGCAAGCUGCCCGAACAAGAAGCCAUUGUCAAGGGCAUGCUCGCCAUACACGAGAGCAGCUUGAGCAAAGGGAGUACACCCAAGCAUCUCAUCGAGUUCCUGUCGACUUACGAACGCGUUUAUGUCUCGAAGCUGACCGAGUUUGAGAGCAAGAAUAGAUACCUUCUCGGCGGCCUUGAAAAGCUCCGGGAGGCUGCAAAAUACGUCGACAAUCUCUCCGCCGAGGCGCGGAAGCAAGGCAUCGAGCUGGCGACAAAGCAAAAGGAGGCCGACAAGGCACUGAAGCAAAUCACCGAGAGCAUGCUCAAGGCGUCGGAGCAAAAGAAGGAAAUGGAGUCCUUGAACCACCAGCUGAAAGAAGAAGAAAGAGCACUCAUGACUCGGAAGACAUCGAUCGAGAAAGAUCUGAGCGAGGUCGAUCCUAUCGUCCAGAAGGCAAAGGAGGCUGUUGGAGGAAUCAAGCCUGAGUCUUUAUCGGAGAUUCGGUCGCUGCGUGCCCCGCCUCCGGCCGUGCGGGAUGUGCUCGAGGGUGUCUUGCGUCUCAUGGGUAUCUUGGACAUGUCCUGGAACAGCAUGAAGGGCUUUCUUGGCAAGCGGACCGUCAAAGAUGAGAUCAUGAACUUUGACGCCCGAAACAUCACCAAGAGCGUCCGCGAGUCUGUCCAGGAGCUGCUUCAGCAAAAGAAGGAGUCGUUCGAGGAGGUCGCUAUCAAGAGAGCUUCGGUCGCAGCCGCACCGCUGGCGAUGUGGGUCAAGGCCAAUAUCCAAUACUCCACUGUGCUCGAAAGAGUCAGCCCGCUUGAGGCUGACCUGGCUCGCCUGACUGAAUCUCUCGAUGCCUCUCGGCAGCGGGUUGUCAAGCUGAGAGAUGCACUCGUGACGGUGGAUAACACCGUGGCUCAACUUCGGGCCGAGUUUGGAAGCAAGACUGGCGAAGCGGAACUCCUCCGAAGUAGUCUCGAGAAGGCUCAAAAGGUCAUUGCCAAUGCGCAGGAGCUGCUAGACAAGCUAUCUGGCGAGGGCCAGCGAUGGGCGGCACAGGGCCAGGCCAUUAAAGACCAGAUCGCCACCCUGCCUAAGAACGGGCUGCUUGCCGCUGGAUUCAUUGCCUAUCUCGCCGGACAGUCCGAGGACCAGCGGUUCAAGAUCACCCAGGAUUGGGCCAAGCUCCUCGGCCAGAGGGACUUUGACAUACGCCCAGUUUUGAGUACCGAGAGCCAGCAGCUGGUGUGGAAGUCUGAGGGGCUGCCGUCGGACACACUGUCGAUCGAGAACGCCAUCACGAUCCUGAAUGGAGGUGUGACUCCGUUAAUCAUCGAUCCAUCAGGCCAGGCCACGAUAUGGCUCAAGACUCACUUGCAGCAGAAGAAGCCCGAGACUCUGAAUCAAGGCGACGAGUCGUUCCUCCGGUCGCUCGAGCUUGCCAUCCGCUUUGGCAAGACAUUGGUCAUCCAGGAGCUCAAAUCCAUCGAACCGGUGCUAUAUCCAGUGCUGCGCAAGUCGCUCAUCAAGCAAGGUCCGCGAUUCAUGAUCCAGCUCGGCGACAAGCUUGUCGAUUAUCACGACCAGUUCAGCCUGUACCUAGUCACCCGCAAGGUGUCGUUCUCGAUUCCUCCAGACGCGGCAGCGCUCGUCAACCAGGUUAACUUUACGAUAACCAGGGCGGGAUUGGCUGCCCAGUUACUGGGCGUGACACUCAAGCACGAGAAGCCUCAGCUUGAGAUCCAGAAGAUCGAGAUCUUGAAACAGGAAGAAGAGCUCAAGAUCCAACUCGCUGCUCUCGAAGAGUCGCUCUUGAAGGAGCUCGCCAACUCGGAGGGCAAUAUUUUGGAGAACACCUCGCUCAUCAAGUCUCUGAACGAGACAAAGGAAAAGAGCAUCAAGAUCACAACUGGCUUGCAAGAGUCCCAUCGACUGCAAGAGUCGCUGGACGCAGAGCGCGAUAAAUUUCGGCCGCUCUCCGACUUUGGCAGCCGCCUAUUCUUCAUUAUGAGCGAUCUCAAGAAGAUCAACAGCAUGUAUGAGUUCUCCCUUGCAUCAUUUCUGCAGCUCUUCGAGAAGGCCCUGAGCAGUCCCGACUCGACCUCGGCCGAUGGAACAGACCUGCGGAUCAAGUUGCUCAUGGGUGCGCUCGAGAAGCUGGUGUACCGCUACGUUUCGCGAUCAAUAUUCAAGUCCGAUCGGCAAAUGUUCGCCCUUUACAUGAUUCGCGGACUCCACGGCUCUCUGAUCGAGGCCAAAGAAUGGGACUACUUUAUUGGGCAGGUGGUUCCCGGCGAUCUUGACGAGAAGGCGCCCGAGUCUCCGGGAUGGGUCCCAACAGAGAGAAAGCAAGGUUUCCAGGCCAUCCAGCAGUCGCUCACAGGGAUCUACGCCUCUAUGAAUGCAAACGACAACGACUCAUGGGCACGCUGGGUCAAGUCGCCAAGCUGUGAGGUUGAGUUUCCUCCGGAGGCCUCGAAGAAACUGGGGCCUUUCCAGAAGCUGAUCCUGGUGCAGUGUCUGAGACCGGACCGGCUUCUGUCGGCGAUGCACAACUUUUCACUCAGUUGCAUGCGCAUCGACAGCAUCGCUCCUCCCGUGUUCAACAUUAAGCGCUUCUACCACGAGGAAACAAAAUCGACCGAGCCGAUUCUCUUCAUCACGACACCUGGCGCCGAUCCAACCGAGGAGCUCAAGGAGCUGGCCGAUAGCGAAAUCACCCAUGACAUGUUCUUUCAAAUCUCGAUGGGCCAGGGGCAAGGCGAUCUUGCAGUUCAGCAGCUCCACCACUGCGCCAAGAACGGCGGCUGGCUAUACUUGCAGAAUGUGCAUCUGGUCAGCAACUGGCUCUCGGUCGUCGAAAACGAGCUCUCGAUCCUGACUCUCCAUCCAAAGUUCCGGCUCUGGCUGACAUCCGAGGCGCACCCCAAAUUCCCGGUUAAUCUCCUGCAAAGCAGCAUCAAAAUAACGGUCGAGGCGCCACCUGGCAUUAAAAAGAACAUGCAGCUCAUCCAGGAACGGCGAACAUACAUUCCGCAGGGCUGGAACAAGUUUUACGAGUUUUCGGCAGCCGAUUUGCGAAGCAGUUCGGAGGUGGUCAGUCAGAUGUGCGACGGGAACAGCUGCGUCCCCCAAUGGCAGAUUCUGCACGGGCUCCUCAAAGAGGCUAUCUACGGCGGACGCAUUGAUGACAGCGACGACGCUCGCAAGCUCGAAGUUUACCUCCAGCAAUACUUUAACGAUGAUAUCUUUGCACUCAACGGCCGACAGCCCACCAAGAGGCUCGCGAAAGGAAUCGUGCUUCCGAACAGCAGCGACCACGAGUCGUACGUCAAGCUCAUCAACGAUCUACCCGAGGUGGAAAAUAUCAGCCUGCUUGGUCUCCCAGCCAACAUCGAUAUGAUGAUUCAGAUAUCAACGAGUAGCCAGAUUGUCGACCAGCUCAAAAUGAUGAAACAAGUCGAUCUGCGGAGCCAAAACGUGGAUAAGGAAAAGUGGUCCAAGUUGCUGCUGCCGUUCCUUCAGUUGUGGAAGAAGCUCAACACAGGAAACGACUUGCUGCAGAAAAAAAUGGGUCAAACCUCGGACACCGACCCCAUCCACUCGUUCCUGACACUUGAGCUUUCGAUGGCCCUUGGGCUUCUCCGCCAGAUUCACAUGGAUCUAUCACUGAUCUCCAAAGUGAUUCGCGGCACGGCGCUGGCGACGAACGAUGUCACCGAGAAGGCCACGGCCCUGAUUCACGGAAACACACCCGAGUCCUGGCUGAGUGUAUGGGAUGGGUCCAAGCUACCACACAAAUUCCUUCGCGAAGCUCUGUUAAACGGCACAACUGUCAACGAAAUGAGAGACGCUCUCACGGCGGGAACGCUGUGGAAGUCGCCAAUUAAGCUCCAGAACUUGCUCAAUCCGGCAACGUUCUUGAGUGCACUGCGCCAGGAGUCGUCUCGUCGAGUGAACUCGUCUAUGGACAAUCUACAUCUGCUUUCGACCUGGAAGCCGGCAAAUAUCCCUUCGAAUAUGUUUACUGUGGCUAUUCAAGGACUGCUGCUCCAAGGGUGUAUCUUCGAUGGAAGCAACCUGACUCCGGCAACGGCCUCGGACCCUCCUUUCCAAAUCGUCCCAACCUGCUACAUUGCAUGGGUUCCCAAGGAUAUCUCUGUCUCCAACACCCUCGAGUUUCCGUUGUACGCUACCCCUGCUCGUGAGAAACUCAUUGCUCGGCUCCAGGCCAGUCUCUAUGGCUGGAAUGCUGUCAUCCCAGCCUGCCGGCGUCUGACGCACUGGUCCUUCCAGGACGAUCUUGCGUUGGCCCGGCUGCUCGAUACCGUAAAGCCAGAAGAUAUGACCAAAACACUCAACCGCUCCGAAGCUUCGAUUCGGUAUCGAAUCCGAUCGCUCAACUCAAUUUCGCGCGGCAAGCGCUCGCUCGAGACCGAGCCACUCACGAUCGGCGAAUUCGAGCAGGCUCUGCGAUACUACGAGGAGAACCAUGCCAAGCUCGAAGAUGUCUACAUUGUUAAAUGGAUCUGCACCGUCUUUGGCCGGCCAGACUCUGACGCGAAGCGGAUUCUUCACUCGGUCAAGCAGCGGUUCCAUCCCGAGCUGAUCUUGUCGGUGAAUGACUGUUCGCUGUGGAAUCCUGAGCUGGACAAGAAGUUGAUCGAGCUGUAUCUGAGUCGCGGCGCAAACACCAAGGCGGUAAUGGCGCUCUUUUCCGAGUGGGCCAAGAAGGAGAAGAAGACCCUGCCAAAGGUGCUCACAGAGAAGCACAUUUCCUACCGCCUGCGAUAUAUGACUGCUCUCGGGGCCAUCACCAGCGACCAGAAGAACGUCUCGAUCCUCAAGAGCCGACAGGCGGCCAAACGGCGGCACGGCUCGUCCAAGCCAGACGCUUGGCGGAAGCGGCUUCGACAUGGCUCUGUCAUGGGCAUGACGGAGCUGUGGGACCAGAGCCAAGAGUGGAUAUCCAAGUCCAUCGAAAUGAUCCAGCUGCGGGAGCCAGAGGCCGAUGCAGCCCAUGACGAGGCUGAAACAAAGAGCGGUCGGUCCGGCUGA